UGUGCUUUAUUUCCUUUUGCAGCUUUUAUCCCGAGCCCUUGCCCUCCUGUUCGCCUGCGAGCACCCUUUGCAAGUUAGACAAGCGCUUUCCCUCGGCUUCAGUCCUGCUUUUGGGAUUUCCUUUUUUUUAUUUUACACUUGGUUAUCUCUCUAUUUUCAGGUUGCGUUUUGAGGCUUUAAUGCAAGAUAAACAGAAUUUUUUUCCCCUCCCCAGGGCGUUAAUGCUCGCUGAAUAAGUUUCAAGAGUUUCAAUUUUUUUCCCCCCUCCCCCAUCACGGAUGCGGAUGCGGAUGCGGAUGUGGGCGUUCCUGUUUCUCCUCCUGAUAAGCAUUUCGGGGGGGAAGGCUUAUCGUUGCAGCCUGUGCCUGGUGCAAAAGAGGGCAACUGCUCGUGCUUUUCAGGAGUCUGUCGAGCCGGAGAGGACGAAGGCGGUGGUGAGGGGUGCCUUGGAAGGGAAAAGUUCGCGUUCCCAGCCUCGCAGUCUUUUUGGAGACAAGUUCUGGAGGGUUUUUUAAUUACUUUGAUUAUUGAUAGACUUGGCGCUUAUGGUUUUCGCGUUUGCUUCAUCUCAUCUGGCGGUUAAUAUGAGGUCGUAUUAUUUGAUUAUGUAAGCUCGACUUGCCGUCUUCGUUCCGAUUUCAUUUGCGAUUGCAACGUUCCUCACUGCUAGUGACAAAUCGAACAGCUGUC